AUGCAUCGGACAUCGCGAAUAUUACCUUGCCUUCCAGGAUUUAGCUUUGACAAUAAUUUUGGUAAAACUAGAUUUCACAAAAGACAACAUUUCGAUAAGAUACACGAUGGAGUAUAUUAUUUAUCCGAGAAAGCAGAUACAAGCGUUUACAGCCGUUAUUCAUCCAUUUAUCCUCGAGAAGAGACACCAGAAAUUCCGCCAUGGCUCGCAUACGAUGGCCAAAGACUCAUGUUUAAAGCGUUUUUUCAAGAAACUGUACAAGAGAAGUGGAAAACGGCCUUUCACAUUCGCGUGGUGAACAUUAGUUUUUUUCUAGAAGACGGAACCAUAAAGAUCGUAGAGCCGUCUGUGGAUAAUAGCGGUCUUGAGCAAGGGAUUCUGGUUAGACGACAAAGAAUACCAAUACCCGAUCAAGUAAAGUAUAGAUAUUACGAUAUACUUGAUUUAAAUGUUGGCAAGGAACCUGAGAUAUACGGACGAGUAUACAAAAUUGUAGAUUGCGAUAAAUUUACGAGACAUUUUCUUAAUCGCAUGGGAAUACCAGUGCCCGAUCCUAUCGAUAUACCAAAAGAUCCGUAUUCUGAAGUUCGAAAAGUCGAAGUGUUUCCAAAAAAACCUAAUCGUAUGGUGGAUACACUUGGCAAUUUUUUAAAGUACGACAGACAGGUACUCCGAUUUUAUGGAUAUUGGGAUGAUACCGAGAAUUUACACGGCAUUGUCCACGAUCUCGAACUACAUUAUUAUCUCUCUGAUAAUACAAUGGAAAUCAAAGAAAAUGUACCAUCAAAUGCUGGCCGAGACUCGAGUCCUAUGUUGGUUAAAAGAAUGAAAAUACCAAAAUUUUAUACUGGAUUACAACCGAUUGGCACAGAAGAUCGUUUCACGAUUUUAAAUGUCUUAGGCGAAGAUACUAGACAGGGCUAUUACAUGGUGGAUUCUCUUGAUACUGGCAAAAUUUCCGCCGAUUAUUAUAAAGAUAAUGAAUUGAGUAUCGGCGCGCAGAUUAACGUCUUUGGUAGAAAAAUUGUUAUCACGGACAUGGACGCUUUUACGAAAGAAUAUUACCGGACAAAAUACGGUUUGGAUGAUUUUACGCCUUUGUCACAACCUCGAAAAGAUGAUGAAGUAUGUCAAAAGAUAGAGAGAUAUAUACCACCCUACAAUGGUUUUGGAUCUUACGACGAUUCUCUUGGUAAUUGUUUUUCGAUGAUACCAAAACCACCUAAGACAGACUUUAUCAAGUUUUUGUAUCAUGACAAGCAGGGUUUUAAUAGCCACAUCUUGAGAUUUCGGGCGAAAAUGAUAUCAAAGAUUCCAGCUAACGAAGAUAGACAAUUUAUUAUAAGAGUAUUUCUCAUGGAUGAUACAAUAUCUAUUUUCGAAUUAGCUAAACGAAAUUCAGGGUUUGAAAGAUCCUUGUUUCAAAAACGAAUGCCGAUAAUAUUGCCUAAUCAAGAUAUUUUCACGAGCAAGAAACCGGAUUACUAUAAACCACAAGAUUUUUACAUAGGAGCGCACAUAAAUUUGAGCGACUUUCAUUUCGAGAUUACAUCUGCAGAUAUUUAUGUUCUCCGUUACAUGGAGCUACAUUGCGAAAAGUUUCCCAAAGCAAACAAGAAAUUGAUCAUGGAAAAACUUCGAAUACAUCUACAACCGGUCUAUAAUGAAUUCAUUCAAAUGUAUGCCCCACCUAAAGAUACGAAAGAUGAUAUUCAGAUUUUAGAAUAUGGAAAAUUCAAAGAAGCAUUGCAUCAGUAUUUGGGGGAUAAAAUAACAGAGCAUGAAAUAAUCACGAUUGCUCGAUACUAUUCAUCUCAUGAGAAAAUUGAACAUAAAUCUAGAGAAUACGUGAGACAAUUAUUACAUACGGAACUGUAUCGAUUUUUGUGGCAUGAUCUCGAUCGCUUGAAAGAAGAUCUACAUCAUUGGGAUAAAGAUAGGACAGGAUUCUUACCUCGAGAAUCCCUGUAUACGAUCUUACGUGGUUGCAGGGUUCCAGUCGAUGUAGAAUUACUAAAUUCCAUGCUAGAUCAUUUAUGCAAAGCUGAAGACGGUAAAAUUGACUAUAACGACUUGCUCCAAUUCAUGAACGUGAAGAUCGACCCUUUACCACCUGCUGUACCUGUGAAUGUAAAGACAGCACUUUGGUGGGCAUCCGAAAAAGAGCCGGAUUGCGGGGAAGGAAUAAACUGGUGUGAGUUUAUCAAGGAUUUGGACGUAAAGACGGAAGGAAAUGUGGCGAAAAACGACAAAGAUAUAGAAACGCAACUCAAAUACUUGACACAUUGA